AGUGGGGUAGGUAACAACUAACAAUAACAUGGAGGCCCAUCGUCGCAAUAAUCGCCGGUCAAAUAUUUUACUUCUUUUAAUCGUCUCGUUAGCUGCAACUCUAGUGACGUCAUCUGCAUCUCCGAUCACCGUCACCACCGGAGAAAAAGUGGAACUGUCGUUAUACUACGAAGCUCUGUGUCCGUACUGUGAGAAUUUCAUACUCAACUAUCUGUACAAGAUAUUCGAUAACGGUUUGAUUUCGAUCGUUGACCUCAAGCUCAGUCCUUAUGGGAAUGCUAAGAUUCGUUCUAACGGCACUAUCGUCUGUCAGCACGGUGAAUGGGAAUGCGUGCUAAAUAAUGUAGAGGCCUGUGCAAUCCACGCCUGGCCGGUCGUGAGCGACCACUUCCCUUUUAUCUAUUGUGUGGAAAGUUUAACUUACACAGCGAAGUAUGAUGAGUGGGAAACUUGUUUUGAAAAAUUAAAUCGGGACCCGAAACCUGUUACUGAUUGCAUCGCUAGUGGCUACGCACAUGAGCUUGCGCUACAAUAUGCAGAUGAAAUAAACGCGCUUGAACCUCCUCAUACAUAUGUGCCAUGGGUCGUUGUGGACGGAAAGCCAAUAUACGAUGAUUACACAGAUUUCGUAAGCUUCGUUUGUAAAGCUUAUAAAGGGUCAAACCCUCCCCAAGCCUGUCUUGGUUUAUCUCUCCCGACUGCCACCACGAAUUACAAUGCAAAACCAUUAAAUCAUGUCUGCUACAAAGAAGACGAUAAUGCAAAGUUGAAGUCAAUACGUUCGGAAACCAUCUCAGCAACCGCUGCUUCUUAGGUGCACCAUGUUAGCAUGGUGGAAUCUAUAUAAGAUUAGUGUGGUGUGUUUUUACGAACUUAUUUACUAGUAACUCCUUUUUCUCGGGUUUGUGGAUUUUAAGUGGUUUAAGUGUAACUUUCAAACAUGUAUGAUUAUGAUACCGAAUCACAUGAAGUUUGUCGCACGAGUGUGGUUGGCGUACUUGUUCAUAAUAUAAAACGUUAUAUUCUAAAA